AUGUGGGUUCUGCAGUUUGCUUUCACGUUCGCAAUACUUAAUUCUCCAUUAUGGUCUUAUUCUGUCAAAUUUAUUUUGCCCAAUAACUGUUCAUCUGGUUCUUCAGACUCGUAUUCAGAAUAUUUCAACACAGCAAACCUUUUAUGUCAAAAAUGCUCACAGAAUCUGACUUUUCAGAGGCAGUCAGCAGAUGGAUUAUCAUGUUUAUGUCAACCCGGGUACAAAACGUUAAAGAAUUUUGGUGGUAAUAAUGUCGAAUGCUUAAAGUGCGAAGAUGGGCAGAUGGUCAGUGAUGAUGGCUUGUUCUGUAUACCUUGUGAAAAUGGAUCAUAUAUCUCGGCUACUAGAAGCUGUAGAUCAUGUGCAUCGACUGCUGUUUCAAUUUAUUUUGAUCAGUCAGGAACGCCACUACCUACGCAGAAAUGCCAAAAAUGUCUCGGCAAUACAAUACCUUUAAAUUCACAGUGUGCCACGUGUCAGACUACUAUCUCCAUGCUGCGUGCGUCCUCCCUAUCUGAUUCCUGCACAUGUCCGAAUUCUCUUGUUGAUGGUGUUUGUUUCCCAGGUGUUACACCAACAACAAUUGGUAGUUCAAUAUCCCCUUCUAGCUCAAGCCCUGUUGUACCUGUAGGAUCAGAUACUUUCACAUUGAUAUUACCUGCUGGUGAAACAAGUUCACAAAAAGGAAUAUCCUCGAAUUAUUUUGAAACACAAGCUCGUUCAGCUACAGCCUUUUGUUCACCUGCGUAUAAUAAUAUUACAGCAUGUCAGUUACUGGCUAACUUAUGCACCUUACAAUUGAAUACACUUUAUGGAAGUGGUACUGCAUCUUCUACUACAUGUUCAGCAUUUCUAAAUCUUGCUAGUCAAAGAACUGCAUUCAAUAGUGACUUUACCAGUUGGAUGACCAAAAUGCCAUGGCUUUAUUAUAGUCCAGCUAAAGCAUCUACAGUCCUAAAAGAUACAUCGAUAACAUCAAUUUACAGUCCUAAUUCUAAUCUACAAAUCUAUUUGGCUGCAUUUAAAAUAAAUGGAGCAUUUUUAGGUUUUCAAGAUGCAUCUCAAGGUGGACAAUUACAACUCUGCAAAGAUACUUCAGCACGUAUGAAAGCUGCAUUUCAAUUUGCAACAUCAUAUCAACAAACAUGUGAAUUAAACGUGGAUGAUUUAUUCAAUAAUGAAAAGUACCCAUCAAUUUUCUAUGAUCCAUAUAUUUAUUUUUAUGAUACUACAACACAAUCUAGUCAACUUGUCCCAAUACCAAUACGUAAUACAGCAGUUAUUGAUAAAAACGGUGAUUUUCCCAAUCAAAUAACAAGCGCAGAUCAGAAUAGUUUAAAUGAAGCCUUAGCUUUGGGUAAUACAGCCUCUGCUGUAUCUAUUGAAGCUACAAUACAAAAUAAAUGGGAGUUAACACGCCGUUUAUUUAUGGUAGAUAAUUUUGCUGGUAGAACUUCUUCAACAACGAAAGUACCUCAGUUAGUUCAUACUGGUAAAGAUGGACAAAUAUUUCCACCAAUUAUUAAAAUUGAUUAUUCAAAUUUAUACGCUACAGAUGAUUAUGGCAAAUCGAAACAAGUUCCAAUAACCUUCUCAGUCACAUAUACAAGUUCAAUCGCUAAACAGGCUGCUUUUGAUCAAGCUUUGCGUAUUGCAUUGGGUGUUAUGUCAACUUUAGCCGCUUGUUGUGCAAUGAUACGUACAUGGAUAUGGUCACGUCGAGCUGGUGUACGACAUUUAGAUGUUAUGCUUAUUAUUAAAUUAAUAUUAUACGCUGCAGGAAAUAUUGCUAAUGCAUUUCUAAUAGUAAUUUACUUCGUAUCAAUUUACUUUCUAAUAUUUUAUAAGGUUCAAAGUGUAUACGUCAUCAAUCUACCGAAUUCUGAUGAUUUUAUAUUAAUUUACAUAGCAUCAGCAUUUGCAUUGAAGUGUUUAGACUUGAUACAUUUAAUAGCUGUACAAUGUACAAUGGAUAUAUUUUUAAUCGAUUGGGAACCGCCAAAAUAUCAUCGAAAUAUUACAGGCAGUAAUAUAAAUGUUAAUAAUAACAAUAAUACAACAUCAAUUACAGAUAUACUGACCAGUUCCAGAAGUCAAUCAUUGAAGAAAUUAAAUAUAACCGAUGAAGGAGUAGAUGAUUUAGAUAUACAUUAUAAAAGAGAAUUUAAAUCAUCUCUACCACCAUCAUUAUUAUUAUCGAAUCAGAUAGAAGAUACCGGUGUUUCAGUGUGGCGGACAAUUUAUGUUGCUAAUGAAUGGAAUGAAAUACAAACACAUCGUAAAACGAAUUAUUUAGUCACUCUUUCAACUGUACUAAUUUUAAUGCAGGUAAUUGGAUUGGAAAAUCUAGCUUCAGCAGAUGCGAAAUCAAAUGUUGUAUUCAACCCAUAUGAAUAUCAAAGUCCUCAAAGUCGAAUAUUUCGUAUUGCUCUUAUACUUUCAAUAUUUGCGUUAUCUGGUAUACUUCAAUGGCUUAUUACAAUCACACUGUGGGAAAAAUGUUUCUCUGAUAAAUUACGCAGUUUUGCUGAUCUAUGCAGUGUAGCAAAUGUAUCAGUAUUUAUAUUUGCUCAAGCUAAUUUUGGAUAUUAUAUUCAUGGACAUUCACCAACAGGUCGUUCAGAUAUCGAUUUAGGCGGGAUAAUACAAAUAUUAUCAGUUGAAAGUGAAGAUGAUCAUACUUAUCGUAUGGCAUUACCAUCUGGAUUACGUCAAGCAUUUGAUCGAUUAUAUACUCCAAUGCUUGAUUUAACUUUAAAUGUAGAUAAAUGGAUGAAACGUACUUCAACACAAGUGAUUACAAAUGAAGUCUAUCAAAAUAUUAAUCGAUUUUUGAAAAGAUUCAUUUCUAGAGAUGAUCCAGAUGGUUUGCGUUAUAGAAUUGUACGUCGUAAAGCAUUUGAAGAUAUUCUUGAUGGUGAAUUCGAUGAUACUACAUUUGAAGGAUUAUUUUACAUUGAUGACGGAAAUUCAUUCGGAGAUGCACUUUACUAUGGGAAUGAAUGGCUGUUGUUCACAUUCGAUGCACUUCUAUUCUGUUUAGUUGACUUAUUAAGUCAAAAUUUAAUACUGGCCGCAUUUUUCGUUAUUCUAAUUGGAAAUAUACUUACAUUAUUACGGAAUGAUCUUGGACGUCGAAAUACCGCUCGGAAAACACUCAUUGAUGAGCGUUUUUUGGUCUAA